CAGAAACCCAGAGCUCUGAGGACAGGCCAGCCUCGCCAGGGGCACAGGCAUGGAUGGAGUGACGUCCAGAAGCCCAGGAGUCAGCAGGGCAAGGCAGACCCAGAUAGUCGCCUGGUGACGGCUUGCCCACGUGACAGAGCGUCUGGGCCAGCCCUGCCCAGCAUGAGCCGCGCGGUUCUGGCCGGGUUGUGGCCUUGUGCCUUUUCCGGCACCACCAGAAAGCUGUGCUCCUCCAGACCCAGACGUCCCUGGGGCUCAGGACACCCUCCUCGGGGUGCAGAACCUUCUCAGACCGGGUCCGGCCGUCCCUCCCUCCCGCUGCCCAGUGUUCAGCCCAGGUGGGCAGUCAACCCCUUAUUGCCAGGCCUCCGUAGGACCAGAAAUGCCCCCGCAUCCCCUGGAGGGACCCCUGGAGGUGGCCCGGAGCCUGGACGCCUGGUACCUGGGUCUCAGGGGGGACCCUCCUCCCAAGGGAGUUCCCUGAUUCCUGAGGGCCAGCAGUUCCGGCCUUGAGGUGGGGCUCCCCGGAGCCCUGCCUCUCACAUCCCUCCCCCACCCAGCAGACUCUCUCAUUCACUGGAGGCCUGGCCACGGCUCCGAGCUCGCAGUCCUUGCGUGUGCUAGGUAGAGAGGAGGCCUGGAGGCCAGGCCGGCCGCAGGAAGUUCAGGCAGCAGAGUCGGGGCUCCCGAGUGGGAGAGGCAGGGUGGACCCAGCACAAACGGCCUGGCAGGUGUGCGCACACACGGGCACGCAUGCGCCGGGAUUCUCCAGCCGACAACCCGUCUGGAAUUCUCCCCCAUAAACACCUCCAGUGGAGCUGUUCCAACCCCAGAACACACAGGCCCUGGCGUUUCCGGAAGGUUGGCUCCCGGGGAGCUGGGCGCUCCGACCCCCCGGAAGCCCUCAGGCCAUCGAGCAGACCUGGGAGUGUCCUUCAGGGGACAUGGCGCCCGGGCACCUGUGAGCUUCCACAGCAGGGGCUCACCCGAGGGGCCCCUGGCCACUCCCGUCUCCAUACUCGGUGGGGCCCAUGCAGAAAACUUGCAGCCCCUUGUUCAAAACGGUUACAAUUUCCAGAGCACGACGGUGGGCGUUGGACCAGGCCCGGGGCCCUUCCCUCUGCGUGCGGGACCUGCCUCCACGUCCCUUCUUGGUGCUGUGGCUCCAAGGGCCUGGGCCUCUGCUCCUCUCCCUUCGCCUACGGGUCUGUGAGAGGCCUCGCGGGGACAGCAUGCACACAGCCCCUGCAGGGGUGACAGAGCCGGGCCUGGGGGCCGGGCCACCUGGGGUCUGGGUGCUUCCCUGCCUCUUUGAGCAGAGGCUCCAUCCACAGCACACAGAAGGGCUGGGGUGGUUCUGGGAGUGAGGCCUGGGCGCCGUGCAGGAGCGAGGGGAUCCAGGCCGGGUGCCUGGUGAUUCCUGGAGGGGGUAGCCCCGCCUGGCUCUUGUGGACAAACAGGAGGAGGUCCCUGGUGGCCAGAACCGUGACUUUGGCCACCAGCGCUCCCCGGGGGGGUUGGGGGGGGGAGGAGCUGAGCCAGAGAGAGACUUCCGUGGGUCUGGGGUCCCAGGACGCCCCGUCGUGGCACCGGCCCCCAGCUCAGAGCCCCACGUCCCUGACGUGGGUGUGCUCCCACCCCAGACCCCUGGCAGGGAGGCUACACCAGGCCCACCCCCCUCCCACCAGCAAGAAGGGUGGCAGGUCGGCAGGUGGGCAGGUCCGGGCAGCGGCUGCUGAGUCAGUUUGCAAGGAAUGUUCUGGCCUCUCCCAGCUUCACCCUGUCCCUGCCUGCCCCCACCUCACCCUUCUCCCCAGGCGUGGCUGGCGUGGCGCCCAGGCCAGGAACGCAUCUCCAGCCCGGGCUUGCUCGGACCAGCUCCCCCCAGCAGUCGACCCCCACCACUCCCCCUGCUUGCCCCCAUGACCUCAACAGAGCCCCGGUCCCUCAGAGCCCCCACCCCCACGCUCCCAGGUUACUUCCCGGGCCGGAGCCCCCCCCCCGUCCCCCGCCGCCCCGCAUGUGUGAACAGGCUCCACCUGUGUGACGGAGAGAACCGUGGCAGGCCUGAGGUCAGGGCGGGGGUGAACCGGGACCCCAGCGACAGCCCCCAGGCAGAUCCCAGGGCCCAGGGGAGAGAGAGGCCUGGAGGGAGGGGGCUUCCUGGAGGAAGAGGCUCUGCAAUGAGGAAGGCCUGGCCUGCUGGGCUGGGGGCUGGGGGCUGGGGAGGCGGCCAGGAGGCUGGGCCUGUGUCUGCUGAGCCGGCCGUCUGGCCGGGGCCUCCCUCCCUUGGCUCCACUCAGAGCCCUUGCCCCCGGCCACCCCAGGCGGCCUCCUUGCCCAGGCAAACCCUGGGCUGAUGCUGCUGGGCAGAUGGGGCAGUGGGGCUGGGGGCCGCGGGGCCGUCCCCGGGCGUGACCCGGCCACCCGGGCGCUCUGCUCCAGGCCAGCAGGAAGGGGAGAUGGGGCGCCCCCCAGACGCCCACAGCACCCUGGCCCCGGCGGGCACCACAACUGUACCCGGGCUCAUUCCAGACCUCGUCGCCAGGCUCCCCUGGCCCAGCUGGGCGCUCACGGCCGUCGCUGUGGCUGCCGGCGUCCUCGCCGUGUCCUGCCUCCUCUGUGUCGCCUGUUGCUGCUGCUGCCAGGGCUGCAGGAAGAAGCCCAGGGGCCAGGAGGCUGUGGGCCUGGGCGGCCCUCAGGGCACCACCAGCAUCCACCUGGUGCAGCCGGACGUGGAGAGCUCGGAGUCUGCCCCCGGGGGCCCCCGGCACUGGGGACGCCUGCUGCUCUCCCUGGGGUAUGACUUUGGAAGCCAGGAGAUCCAGGUGGGCCUCAGGCAGGCCGCAGACCUGAGGGCCGGGGGCCCGGGCGGCACGGCAGACCCCUACGCCCGCGUCAGCCUCUCCACGGGGGCGGGGCACACGCACGAGACCAGGGUGCACCGUGGCACGCUGUGCCCCACGUUCCACGAGACCUGCUGCUUCCACGUGCCGCAGCGCGAGCUGGCUCGGACCGCCCUGCGGGUGCAGGUGCUAAGCUUCAGGCGGUUCUCUGCCCACGAGCCGCUGGCUGAGCUCCGCCUGCCGCUGGGCACCGUGGACCCGCAGCACGUCCUAGAGCAGUGGUACCAGCUGGGCCCGCCGGGCACCACUGAGCCCGAGCCCUCGGGUGAGCUGUGCCUCUCGCUCCGGUACGUGCCCGGCUCGGGCCGGCUGACCGUCGUCGUGCUGGAGGCCCGAGGCCUGAGCCCGGGACUGGCAGACCCCUACGUGAAGGUCCAGCUCAUGCUGAACCAGAGGAAGUGGAAGAAGAGAAAGACCUCGGCUCGGAAGGGCACGGCCGCCCCCUACUUCAACGAGGCCUUCACCUUCCUCGUGCCUUUCAGCCAGGUCCAGAGCGUGGAUCUGGUGCUGGCCGUCUGGGCCCGGGGCCCGCACUUCCGGGCCGAGCCCGUGGGCAAGGUGCUGCUGGGCGCGCGGGCCUCGGGUCAGGCCCUGCAGCACUGGGCCGACAUGCUGGCCCACGCCCGGCGGCCUGUUGCCCAGUGGCACCGCCUGCGGCCCGCCGGGGAGGUGGACGGAGCCCUGGCCCUGAAGCCCCGCCUGCACCUGCCCUUGCCUGGCUCCUGAAAGCGCCCUCGGGCCUCGGCCUCCCAGGCUGCGGUGUGGGCACCUGUCCACGGCGCCCCGCGGGACCACUAAUAAACACCUCCUCCCGUU